ACACGCACCACUACUACAAGUGACAGCAAGAUCUAGUUAAGACAACCACAACCAACAUUUGUUCCCUCUCUCUCUCCCUUUUGGUCUCUGCUCAUCAUCUUCUUCCAUUUUUCUGCUGAUUAAAAAAACAGAAUUUUUCAGGCCUAAAGAAAUGGCAAGUGGGGGUGGCUAUGGUGAUGCAAGUCAAAAAAUAGACUAUGUUUUUAAGGUGGUAUUAAUAGGUGAUUCAGCAGUAGGAAAGUCUCAAAUACUGGCCCGUUUUGCUAGGAAUGAGUUUAGUCUUGAUUCUAAAGCUACUAUUGGUGUUGAGUUUCAGACAAGGACUCUUGUUAUUCAACAUAAGUCUGUUAAAGCUCAGAUCUGGGACACUGCUGGUCAAGAAAGAUAUAGAGCUGUCACGAGUGCGUACUACAGGGGAGCUGUUGGAGCUCUGCUGGUUUACGACAUAACAAAACGCCAAACUUUUGAUCACAUACCCCGCUGGCUUGAAGAGUUGCGUGCGCAUGCUGACAAGAACAUUGUGAUUAUGCUGAUUGGAAACAAAACCGAUCUUGAAGAUCAACGAGCUGUUCCAACCGAGGAUGCUAAAGAAUUCGCGCAGAAAGAGGGAUUAUUCUUCUUAGAGACUUCUGCAAUGGAAGCCACAAAUGUCGAGGACGCUUUCUUUACUGUUUUGACAGAGAUCUUCAAUAUUGUGAAUAAGAAGAAUCUUGCUGCAGGUGAUGAUCAAGCAAAUGGUAAUACUGCAUCUUUAACUGGAAAGAAAAUUCUUGUGCCUGGUCCUGCACAGGUUAUCCCAGAAAAGAAAGCUUGUUGUAGAUCUUGAAAUAUUACAAUUUGGGAUUGUUCUUUCAUUUUUUUGGGUGUCAAUUUCUUGGGUUUGUUAGAUUUCAAAGUCAUCUCAUAUUGAUUCUUGAGUCUUUUUUGGUUAUAUAUUUAUAUUGUUAUUUUUUGUAAUGUUAAUGAAAGGAAAUGGUUAUUGUGAGUUAAUGGAAGGUUACAACAACUAAUUACACAAGCUUUUUACUAGUUAUAUUAUAUUGACAUUAACUUUUGUACAUUGAAAGUCUAAAGAAUGAUUUUUUACGCUA